UUUUCCUUGGAGCUAUCCGUACUUUGAGAAAUGAUGCGGAUGAUAAUUUUUUUAAUUAAUUAAUUUUGUUUUCGAGACUUUUUUUUUUAAACUUAUUUUUCAGUUUUUAGUUCAUAGGUUAUAAAUCUUGGUGUCAUUUAUGCAUGUGAAAUAAUUGCUUGCUUUGUCUUUGAUGUUGAUGCUAAGAAGGGUAGCAUGUUUUUAGUUGGAUGAAAAUGACUCUGGUCGCUAGAUAAUAAGGGUGAUAUGGGUCCGUUUAUUUUAUAUAAUACGGUGCAUUCUAUCGUAAUUUUUGCGAGUCUGCAGCGUGAAACAGUGAUUAGAGAAACCCCCACUCCCAAGAUGGUUGCCCAGAACUUUGUAGUUGAUUUGAAUAAGCCCCUUGUUUUCCAGGUUGGACAUCUUGGAGAAGCUUAUGAAGAGUGGGUUCACCAGCCUAUCGUUAGCAAGGAAGGCCCCCGUUUCUUUGAAAAUGAUGUUCUGGAGUUCUUGACGCGCACAGUCUGGUGGGCAAUACCAACCAUCUGGCUGCCAGUUGUAUGUUGGUCUAUAUAUAACUCUAUAAGGAUGGGCCUCAGUUGUCCUCCCGUAGCUCUAUUGGUGGUUCUUGGCAUUUUCAUUUGGACAUUGCUUGAAUACACAUUACACCGUUUUCUUUUCCACAUUAAAACAAAGACCUACUGGGGAAAUACCAUGCAUUAUCUUCUCCAUGGCUGCCACCAUAAACAUCCCAUGGAUGGCUUGAGACUUGUUUUCCCCCCUGCUGCUACAGCUAUCUUAUUGAUGCCGUUCUGGAACUUGGUAAAGCUCUUAUCCACCCCUUCAACUGCUCCUGCUUUGUUUGGAGGCGGCUUAUUGGGUUAUGUAAUGUAUGAUUGCACUCAUUAUUACUUGCACCAUGGUCAGCCAAAGACUGAAGUGCCCCGGCAUCUCAAGAAGUACCACUUGAAUCAUCACUUUCGAAUCCAGGAUAAAGGCUUUGGGAUUACUUCAUCACUAUGGGAUAAAAUUUUUGGAACACUUCCUCCGUCGAAAGUGGAUGCAAAGAGUAUGUAAAUUACUGUCAAGAAUAGCACAUGUUCGUUGGUUAAAAUAAUAGUAAAUUCAGGAUCUCCUGCUUUUGUUUAUCUAAUUUAUUUUACUUCUCAAUCAAUGAUGUUUUCUGGGGGGUUAGCGUGCCAUGUUUUGUCAAUUUUGUGGUGCAGAAGUUCUACAAUUAACAUCAUGUGAAAAUUCAUUUAUUGUAUCAUAUUUAUGAUGGAAAA